CCGCAUAGGCCUUUAUAUAAUACCGUCAUAUAAAUUGGUUAAGCAUAUUUUAGGCAUAAUAUUAUGCUUCAUCUAUCCUCUCCUCUAUGUUAUGAAUCAUCGUCGUUUUGAAUAUGUAUUUCUAUUUACAAUAAGGUCUGGUUUUUACGAUUCAGGUAUUAGUAAAGUUACUACCGUAUUUCAUAUUACUAGGCACUCAAGCAGUUUACAGAAGCAUGUAACUUGAAAGGAACGUCGUAAUGUAUUUAUGAUAUAUUAUAUUAUAGAUAUUAUAGCCUAUGUAUACAGUUCAGUGACUUGAACAGGUUACUGACAUGCUGUACAGUAUUCCGGUCGAGUCGAGUAUCGACUUGCGCUCCCCUUUCCACCAACACUCAGCCUGCCAGCCACUGGCAUCAUGAGAACAAAACAACGAGAAAGAGAUCAGUCUUUCAAGUAACUGGAAGCAGGUUGAGUUUUGAGGUUAUGUUCUCCUAGGUAAUCAGUGAAUAGUAGCUACUAACUUAGUAGUUUUAAAAAUAAUGCAUGGCAUUUGUUCGUAGUUUGAUAAUACUCUUAUAAAGUCUCAGUCACUGAGAAAGGAACAAAAUAGAACUUCUGUGUUGUAGGCUACUUCAGUAUCUUAUAGAUUCUUGCUUGACUCACUUGACUGAUGAUUGCUUAUGUUCGCGGCGGCGAAAUUGAAAUCCAGAAUCCAGACACUCUUGCUUGAUAACAUCUCAUUUUUUUUUUAAUUGGAAGUAAUUCCACUUACAGUGUAUGAAAUUCUUCUUAAUGGCUCCACGCUGGAGUGACGAGUUGACCAUAAAGUUUUUAGGACUGUAUAAGCAAAAUACAUGCCUAUGGGAUCAAUUUUCCCCUUUUUAUAAAAUAAAAACGGCUCGUGACUCGGCUCUUGCCGAGAUUGUCUCAAGCAUGAAUGUCGAAGGUUUCGGAGUGACAGAGGCGAAACUGAAAAUAAAAUCCCUUCGAUCAACAUAUUUGGGAGAAGUUUCAAAAAUUGAGAAGAGUGAAAAAUCUGCAGGCAGCGAUGUGACUAACACUUAUAAACCCUCCCGUUUGAUAUGGAUGCCUUUGAUGAAACAAAUCAUGGAGGAGGGGAGACAGACAAAGAAUCUGAUGGUUGAAACGCCAGUAAAAAGGAAAUUGUCCGAUAUGGAGUGCAAUGAAGAAGUUGCAUCAGCCUCAGAAGACAAUUCAAUCUCAUCCAUAUGCCCAGAGGAACCUGAAGUUGAAGUUGAAAUUGAAGUACCAAAGGUCCGCCCAGCUCCGAAAUUCUCGAAAAGAAGCUCCAAAGAAGACACAAGACCAAGAUCAAAACUGCAAAUAAUUGCCAACACAGUUCGGCAGCUUGCAGCUGUGACGUCCUCUUUAGAACAGUCAGAAAAUGAACAUGAUAUAUUUGGUAGACAUGUUGCAGCCCAAUUGAGAACAUUGAGUCCCAUUCAAGCUGUCACUGCAAUGAGCAAAAUUAAUACUAUUUUGACUGACUGUCGAAUGGUAGAUCUCUUACCUUCUUGCAAUUCUUCUAUGAUUGAAAACCCUCAUUCUUCAGUACCAGAAAGGCAUUUUGAAAUGGUGGAAACUGAGUCUUCGGUUUGUAAAUGGAAAUAAUUAUUUGAUAUUCUUAAAUUAUGAUUGAAGAAGAGAUCUAUAAUGUAGAUUAUUUUUAUUAUUGGAGUAUAUACAAUUGUUUUUUAUUUUUGCAUGUAAUUAAAUAUUCAAGUUUCACUGUUUUUCAAUUGUAAUUUUCUUGACUUACAACAUUUUCUAUCUCAGUUGUAAAAUUUUAUUUUACCAAUCGAAAAUUUAUGUACAGUACCUAGUAUUGUAUUAUCAUAUUAUAUAAAUACUGUAUACAUUUUUGUACAUUCUAAAAUGACUGAUUUAAUAUUUUAGAUAAAGCCUAUACCGUGCAAUACUGCAGUUGAUUUUGUUUAAUGGCAAUAAAAUAUUUGUGUUCUAAAUAUUU